GCAGGUAGAAUGGAACUUCAAGCUCAAGGUCUGUUCUCCAUUCUCCGACUCACAUUUCGCCUGGCACCUGGUAGCAGAAUAGUUGACAUAUAAAAGGCGACGUUCACCUGUUCUGCUCACUGCCAGGUCCUCUAAGCAAACAACACCUUGGUCUGUUCUCAGUCCUCUGACUCGCAUUUCGCUGACUACCACAAAAGCUUUCCCCUGUCAACCUUUCAAUCCAAGACAAUGACCUUCUUCACCGAACUUGAGGAUAUCAUCUACGCCCCAGUCGAGUACAUUCCUGUGGUGGGCACAGUGUUUUCCUUCAAACGAGCACACAUCGCCUACAGCGAGGCAGACUGGAAGCGACAUUGGCAAUCCGUUUCCAACUUUGGGUGGGGACUCGUAAGAGAUGCCGUCCUAAUUUCUGGGACAGCCGAAGCCGCCCCAGUUAUCGUCAUUCACGCGAUGGCCGAAGCCCUUACCGACAAGCUCGUCGAGGUCUACGCAGCCAAAUCCGCCGAGGAGGCUAAGAUCCCAAUGAAGAAGCGUAUUUCUACAGCAAAUUACCACUUGCUCGUUACUGGCGAGACCAAGGAAAAGAGUGAGGCAACGGCCAAACAGCUCUUUCGUGAUGGCCACCCGAAAGGCCUCCGUUACUUUCACCGUUCUCACUUUGUAGGGAGGUUCACCCACCCAAAGUUCGCUGCAAGAGGCGAGAACAUUUCUCUCCAUCUUCCUAAUGGCUUUUACCCCGGGGCUACGUGCAUCUUCUCCUGGAAGUGGACCAAGGACGCAGCCGGAGUAAAGAAUAGACCUGAGCACACCAAGGGUACGCUCAAGAUCGAUCCCGGGAACGAUUCCGGGACGUCGACUAGGUUUGACUUGGCGACGAACGAGAAUCACUACAACUUUUGGGGUGAUAUUCUUAGCGAGGACAAGCUUUGGGUAAAAACGAGGAUCGACGGCGACCCCGUUUCUUUUGAAAUGAAGAGAGUUAAGGCCCGGCGGUCCGACGGGUCGUUGCUCCCGUCGCGGGUGAUGCAUGAUGGAGAAGUAAAUAGUUCCACUGACUGGUACGUACCUGGUGCGUAGCGUUUGUUGUUGGUUUGCAUUGUAUGGAAAGUGGUGUGAAUGUAAAAACGACAAAAAGGCCUCGAGC